CAAAACUGUUAUACUGAAGGAAACCCGACUGGAGUGGGUCAACUAUAGUCUUCUCAUCAAACGUGCACGCCAUGCACGGCAUGCCAAACUGACAGAUUACAUAAGAUAAAAAAAAACUGCAGGACGGAACGGAAGGGAGUGGAAAAGUCGAUGGCUUCGAAGACGAUUCGGAAGUGGCAAUUCGCGAGCGGAAUUGAUACGACAUCAGGAGCGAGGAUGGUCCGCCGAGGGUGCGCAGGAGAAGGCGUUAUACCCGCGGUCCCAACAAGUACACUCGCAACUGGGAGGACGAGGACGUGUACUCCAAGUCGAACAACGUGAAAAAGCACACACGUCCGCGCAAGUCUCUCCCGCGGCCGGAGGAAUUCUCCGAGCUGGGCGGUGGCGUCGGCGGCAUGAACAACAGCAGCAACAACAACCAACAGCCUCAACAGCAGUGGCAGCGUUGGCAAGCCGCGCUCUAGCCAAAAAAUGCACCGCGCCAGUCGGCAGUCCCGGUGAGCGAUCGAUGAGCGGACCGGUGGAGGUCGUCCGAGGCCGCCGGCUGACCAGCGUCGGGUUGAUCACGAUCGUGGUGGCAUGGAGAGGGAGUACGAUCAACAGGUGCAGCAGCACGAUGGUCAGUAUCGGGAUGGUCGUAACGACGGAAGUCGGUACAGCUCGGACAGGAUGGCGAACAAUAAUAACAAGAACAAGCUGUUGAACCAGAGGAGUAGCAAGGAGAAGGAUCGUAGAGUUAGUGACUGCAAGGUGACCACGUCGCUGCAGUUCAAGAACCAGACCAGGAACAAGACCAACCAACGAAGGUGGUUUGCCGAUGGUUGGUCCGGGAGGUGUUGCCGGAGGUCAGGUCGUGCACAGCAACAGUGCAGGAGCGCUGUCCGGAAGUGUCCAGAGCAACAAGAUGAACAACGCAAUUGUUUUACCAGUAGGUGGAGUUCCGGAGCGAAUGUUGGACCAGCGACCGGUUCAGCAGCGUUCGAACCAGCUCAGAUGAUUCCGCAGCAGCCUCCGCCGCAUCUUCCCCAACAGCAGGCCCCGAUCCAGCAGGCUCAACCGCAGCCGCAGCAGAUCCAACAGCAGCAGCUCCAUCAACAGCAAUCGCCCUACAACGAUCACCACGAUUCGUACGGGGAUUCGAAGAAGCCAUGUUCCCGUACAAUCCGCCUGCGAACGCCACCAUCCAGUCGGUCGAGAUUGGAAAACGGACAUUCCUAAGUACCCGCCGCCGCAGCCGCAGCCGCAGGCGCAACGCCCCAGCAAAGAUUGUCAGCAGCCGCUUCCGGCAGACUUUCCGGCAACCCGCCCCGCCAGAUCUUUGCGACGCCGCAGCAACAACAGUUGUACCAGCUUUUAAUUAUUAUUCUGUAAGUGCAAUCACAAUUU